AUGGCCCAAAUCCUGGAAUCGGACAUUCCCUACGUCCCUGCGCAGACCGCGUCGGGAAACCUUUAUGACUGGAUUACGUGCAACUUGUCGGGCUGCAAGGACUCAGAUGUCGCACAGUACCGCCUGGAUGGGAAAGGUGUCACGCGCAAGACCAUCGUAGAGAUUGCCGACAAGGUCUCGUACUUUUUGCGGAACACGCUCGAUAUCAAGGAGGGCGAGCGUGUGGCAAUCAUCUCGCCGAACUCGACGCUGUACACGGCCGUCACCCUCGGUAUCCUCCGCGCGGGUCUCGUGGCCGUGCCGCUGAACCCGAUCUAUUCGGCGGACGAGCUGGUGCAUCCCCUGAAGGAUUCGGAGAUUUCCGCCGCCUUUGUCUUCCCUGCCAUCGUUCCGACGGUGCGUGCAGGUAUUGAAAAGGCGCAGCGCUCGCUCACCCGCCCCAACGGCCAGCCGGCGAUCUGGCUGAUGGAUGAUGCGGACUCCGUGGCGGACCUCAAGACGGGCGAGCGCGACUUCCUCAAAGCGCUCACCGACAAGACCUUCCCCACGGUGCGUGUGCGCAACUCGCAGGAGGAUGUCGCAUUUAUCGUCUACUCGAGCGGCACGAGCGGCAAGCCCAAGGGCGUGCAGCUCACGCACGACAACCUAAAGGUCGGCACUGAGACGCUGCGCCUCGGCUCGCAGGGAGACGUGGGCGACCUGCAGGUCGCCAUUGCGGUGCUGCCCAUGUUCCACAUCUUUGGUCUGAACCUCACGGUCCUUGGUUCGUUCCUCACUGGAAUGGUCGUGGUCGUCGUGCCGCGCUUCGACAUCGAGGUGUUCUGUGCGGCGAUCCAAAAGUACAAGGUGACGCUCGCGCUGGUUGUGCCGCCGAUGCUCCUCGGCCUCGCGCGCCACCCCGUCGUGUCCAAUUACGACCUGAGCUCUCUGCGGAUUGCUCUGUGUGGCGCUGCGCCGCUUUCUUCCGAGCUCGGUGACGAGGUUGAGCGCCGGCUGCCCAACCUGCACGUCACGCAGGGCUACGGCCUGAGCGAGACGUCGCCGGUCGUGACCUACUCGCUGCACCAAGACUACCGCCAGCACAAGGGCUCGUGUGGCGCGGUCGUUCCGGGCUGCCGCGUGCGUCUGGUGGACGACGACGGCAAGGAUGUCGCUCACGAGCAGGGCGAGAAUGGCAAGCCGGGCGAACUGUGGGUCCAGGGCGGUAUCGUGAUGAAAGGCUACCUGAACAACAAGGCGGCCAAUGACGAGUGCCUCACGCCCGACCACUGGUUCAAGACGGGUGACAUUGCCAUCUACAAAAACAAGCACCUGUACAUUGUCGACCGCAAGAAGGAGCUCAUCAAAUACAAGGGCUUCCAGGUGCCCCCGGCUGAGCUCGAGGCGCUCAUCCUGACGCACCCCGACAUUGCGGACGUCGCCGUGGUCGGUGUCAAUGACAAGGAACAGGCGACCGAGCUGCCGCGUGCGUACGUCGCGCCGCGCCCCAACGUCUUGAACGCCAAGACAGCGUCCGAGGAGGAGAAGCAGGCGUUUGCCAAGAAGGUCGUGGACUGGGUCGGCGAGCGCGUCGCAAACCACAAGAAACUGCGCGGCGGCGUCGUGGUCAUCGAAGAGGUGCCGAAGAGCGCCUCGGGCAAGAUCUUGCGCCGCUUCCUCCGCGACCGCGCGAACCCCAAGUAA